CAGAUUGCGCCACUGAAGAGGAAAUAGAACAAAUGUCAUAUCACGAGUGUAGUGAAGAUGAAAACAUGUGGCACCCCAUCGACUUAGAAUUUUUUGACUGUGAUCUCUUAUCGCAACGUGAUAUUUCAAAACUGCGGGAAUUAAAAAGACUCUUCCACGGAGGAGAAGGAGUUUUUGAUGCUGUUGAAGGAACUACCUUACCGGCUACGAGCCAAAUCAGCGUAGUCUUCGCUGGACCGUGUAGCGAAGAAGAAAUCCUUCUCAACUGGAAAGAGAACUUAUGGAAUGUCUGUCCGGUUGGUCAAAAGAAGGGGGAUAUUCCUUUCAAUCAAGGGAUUAUAGACUGCGGAGCAUGUCUCAAUGUAAUAGGAAUUAAACGACUUGGAAUGAUACUCCGGGCUCUCAAGGAACAAGACAUUCCUGUUCCCGUAAUCCUGCCUUCCAAGAGAAAGCUAAGGUAUGCAGACGGCAACAUAGGACUGAGUAAAGGCAUGAUUCACCUACCAAUUAGGAAUCCUGCCUUUGAGUUAGUAAUUAAUGUGGAAAUUAUUGACGGAGAUACUCCCCUGCUAUUGGGUUUGCCAGCCUUGAAGACCAUGGAAAGUGUAAUCGACUUCAGCCGUAAACGAAUGUGGAUUCGUAAACGUGGAAAUGCUCGCAGUGUGAAGAUCUUAAGUCCUCUGACUAAUACCUUUACUAUUCAACUGUUACCCGAUGGUAUCAGUGAUACUCCCAGAAGCAGUAAGCCGCACUUCGUUGGGAUGUUAUCUGAAUAUGAAAAUAGUGAUGGCAAUAUUAAACAAAGCAUUGCUGAUAUGAUCAAUGCACGAUAUCGACCCGCGACUUUCCAGCUUCCCGUGGAAAAUUACAAGAAGUUCUGUG